GCCUCGAGCGCCCCGAUGUCAUGUGACGAAUUAUUUUAGUGCUAGCGGCUGAAAUCCGGAAGUGGCAGAGUGACAGUCGUCUGCUGUCAGGAACGAAGCUCCGAGCUGUGCGGGGCUGCCAUGUGGCGGCGGCCUCCAGCCUGGUGGAGCUCUCUGCAGCUGAAGCUUCGCAGAGACCAGCAGCCUCCUUACCUGAGCGAUGAUACGGGCUUCGACUACCCAGAUGAAGCGGAGGCGGUGGACGGCGAGCUGCCCGCCUUCAAUAAGCUGAGGGUGCUGGUGGCGGAUGACACCCCGACCAUUAAUGGGGGUGCUCUGGCCUUCUCCUCUGAUGAUGACUCCUUGUUGGAACGGGACGACCCGACUCCUCCUCCCCGGUCAGAGCCGUGUGAUAGCUGCCGGCAGCAGCGGGACAGGAUAAAGGAGAGGACGGUGAAGAAGAGGCUGGGGCUGGCCGCUCUGCUCUAUUUACUCUUCAUGGUGGCCGAGCUGCUGGGUGGAUAUUUUUCCAACAGCCUUGCGAUUAUGACUGAUGCACUUCACAUGCUAACCGAUCUCAGCAGUAUUAUUUUGACCUUGCUCGCUCUGUGGCUUUCUGCAAAGUCUCCCAACAAACAUUUCACCUUUGGAUUCCAUCGCUUAGAGGUCCUGUCUGCCAUUAUUAGUGUAUUACUGGUGUACAUUCUCACAGGGUUUUUGCUCUAUGAAGCAGUACAGAGGACUAUUCAUAUGGACUAUACUAUUAAUGGAGAUGUAAUGUUGAUAACCGCAGCUUACUUGGUGAAAAGAAUGGGGUUUCUGUUAAAUCAGGCCGGUCAUCCUCAUUCCCACUCGCAUUCUCACAGUGCGCCAACAGGUUCUUCUCCCAGCCCUCAUGGCCACAGCCACGGUAGCCUGGCAGUGCGAGCAGCAUUUGUACAUGCACUUGGAGAUCUUGCUCAAAGCGUUGGUGUUCUGAUCGCUGCAUACAUCAUUCGAUUCAAGCCAGAAUACAAAAUUGCUGACCCAAUAUGUACCUAUGUAUUUUCGGUACUUGUUGUUUUUACUACCAUAAGGCUUAUAUGGGACACCGUACUUAUAAUACUUGAAGGAGUUCCAAGUCAUGUGAAUGUGGAUCAAAUCAAAGCUGAACUAAUGAAAAUAGAGGAUGUGUACUCCGUAAAAGACGUUAAUGUCUGGUCACUGACUACAGGAAAAUCUGCUGCCAUAAUCAAUUUACAGCUUAGCCCUGGCUCAACAUCAAAGUGGGAAGAGGUACAAAGCAAAGCCAGGCAGAUAUUAUCAAACACAUAUGGAAUGUACAAGUGCUAUAUUCAGAUGCAAAGUUACAGAGAGGAAGAUAGCACAGCCUGCGCCACCUGUUCCAGUGCCUAAGUCCUAUGGACUGAUUCUGCCUUACCACAGACCCAGCAGAGUACAGCAAUAUAUACAUUCACCUUGAACUCUUUCUGAAGUGGAGGUGGUGCCAUCUGCCGGGAAGCAUACUUUUUAUGGCAGCCUGUAUUGCACCAUUGUGAACUUAUACAUAUAGACCAAUUUUAAAAUGCAGUUUACAGAUAUAAGCAAGUUUUGCACAUACCUCCAACCUGGGGUGAAGAAAUGAAGCCCUGACACGAGGAUCCAAAGAACACUAUUUUGGUGAUCAUAUCUAAUGACUUGUUUUGCCGAUUUAUGGCGGUUUGAAUCUUUAUUUGAUAGGACACGACACGUUUUGAUUAAACAGGUGUAUCAGCAUUUAUCAUUUGGCUGACAAGAGACCUAUUGCCUGGCAAUUCUUUUCACAUUCCGAAAGAGUUACAAUUCUCCAUAAAAUGAACUUCCGUCACGGGCCAGUUUUAUUGGCUUUCUGUUCCAAAGGUUAAGCAGUUCAGUUAUAUUUAAAUCCAGAUGAAGCACAGUCUCCAUAAACCAUCACUGUUAUCACACACACACAGCAGGUUUACAAGGCAGCCUCAGCGGGACCAUAGAACAUGCUUCAUGGAUUCGAUUCUUCCACUUUUCUGUUCAUAGGGUCUCCCAGCUGCAAUGCCUCCUUCGUCUCGCACUGUCCUGAUCACUUAUAAGGGAACAUUCACUCAGGUUUAUACAAUGACCUGAAGGUUUAAUGAUGGUCUUAAAUAGUGUUUAUUCAACCUUUUUGUGCUGUUAAAAUUCACCUUGACAGCCCUGCUCUCCAAGUAAUAAGUGUUUAAAGAAACAGUGUUGUAUGUACAAUAUGCCUCGCAGAUUACCUUUUAACUUCCUGCACAGCUACGCCAGUGUUGUACUUAUUUUUUAAUCUUGAAAUAUACAUUUUAAUCCGUGUGCUGU